UAGCAUUCUGCCACCGCGUUGGGGGGACAGCUAGACCAUCUACAGUUGUACAGACUGCACUCUCCUAAAUCUAUACACCUGUCUUCAAUCUCCAUGAAAGUAUCACAGGAGCAGAGUAAUAUUCACUCGUAAAAGCGCAGUCCAUCACUGCAAAAGACUAUCCACAGCAUCAUCUUGGAAAGUACUCCAAAAGCCAAACACCAGCAAAUCCACCGAAAUGUCUUCCAUAGACCUCUAUACCCAAUACUCACUGGAGAUGGACCCAUCCUCCAAGGCCAUCUCCCUAGCCCCCAACACCACGACGGGCAAAACAAGCACCGAAGUGGCCAACGAACUCCAAGCCCUCAACUCCCUCCACCGCUCCCUAGUCGCCCUGGGAGCCCCGAGUAUCCCCCCGCCCCCGCUCCCUGUGAACCCCAAACGAUCCGCCCAGAUCGCCAAACUCCGCGACUCCGCGAACACGGCCUACCGGAAAUCAAACUACCCCGAGGCGGUCCGUUUGUACACGUACGCGAUCGAGAUGGCGCUUACCAGACCCGGUUGGGAGCCGGUUGCGCUGGUGCGGGAGGAGCUGGCGUCGCUGUAUGCGAAUCGUGCGCAGGCGCAUAUGGCGCAGCAGGCGUGGCCGGAAGGGCUGGUUGAUGCGAAGAGCAGCAUCGGUUGUAAGGGGGCGGGGAAUGUGAAGGCUUACUGGCGCAGUGGGAAGUGUCUGCUGGAGAUGGGGAGGCUGGAUGAGGCGAAGGAGAUUCUGAAGCGGGGGUUGGAGGUUGAGGGGAAGGCCGGGGAGGCGAGAGAGUUGACGGGGCUGUUGGGGGAUGUUGAGGAGUCGUUGCGGAAGUAGCUGUCUACCCACGAGUGUCGUUCUGUUUUGUGAUUGAUAUCCCCUGACGGACAAAGUCUGCUGGAUUGCAUUCGGUUUGUGUGCAUUAUGAUAUGGAGGCGUUUACUGGGUUGUCUUUGGGAUGGUUAUUGAUUCCACAAAUGAUAAGAGUGGACUAUUCUUACUUGACUGAUGGCAGUAUCGUAAUCGCUGCGAAGAAGCCCAUGCUCAUCCCUCGAGUCCAAGCUGGCCUCAUGCAGGAUUCCUAAUAAUCUCAGUCACAUCCGCAUGCCCA